AGUUGAGGAAUCUCCUCUUCGGGGGGUUGGGGGGGCUUAGGUUUACAUCCAUUCGUUGUGUAAGAGGGAUUUGAGAUGCAAUGGUUCCUACAAUCCUUCUUAAUUAGGAUCACGGGCUUCUUGGAAAAGUUCUGGAAGCCCACAAACACCAGGCGAGCUGGAGGAGUACAGGUCCAGACAGAAACCUCUCAGGAAUGGCCCACCUGGGAAAUGCAGUUUCAGUGAAGCAGAUCAAAGGUCACCUGCUGCGCUUUCCCAUUCACCACUGAGGGGAAAAAGGAAGUCGUUUCAGGAGGAAGAACAGCCGAACUUCCUCUGUUCAGGUUCUCUCUGCCCAAAAGAUGUCCGACGACGCUUCCAUCGGUGAAGGAGAAGGAACCACGCGGCCCAAAGCAGCAGGCACUCUGAGAAAGCCCAAUGCAGCAGCCCUGAAAGGAGCCAUCCAGCUGGGCAUCGGUUAUGCCGUGGGAAACCUGAGCUCCAAACCAGACAGAGAUGUUCUCAUGCAGGACUUCUCUAUGGUGGAAACUGUCUUCCUGCCCAGCGAGGGCAGUACCCUGACCCCAGCACACCACUUCCCAGACUUCCGCCUGAAAACCUACGCUCCGCUGGCUUUUCGCUACUUCCGGGAGCUGUUUGGCAUCAAACCAGACGAUUACCUGUAUUCUAUGUGCAAUGAACCACUGAUAGAGCUGUCCAACCCCGGCGCCAGCAGUUCCUGGUUCUACCUCACCAGUGAUGACGAAUUCAUCAUCAAGACGGUGCAGCAUAAAGAGGCGGAGUUUCUGCAGAAGCUACUUCCUGGCUACUACAUGAAUCUAAACCAGAACCCCAGAACCCUGCUGCCCAAGUUCUAUGGACUUUACUGCAUCCAGUGUGGUGGUGUGACUGUUCGUGUGGUGGUCAUGAAUAACGUGUUGCCACGAGCCAUGAAGAUGCACUACAAAUACGACCUGAAGGGUUCUUUGUACAAACGGCGAGCUUCACGCAAAGAACGUACAAAGUCCUCACCUACGUUCAAAGACCUGGACUUUAAGGAGAUGCACGAGGGGCUGUACUUCGAUCCAGAAACCUACAAUGCCCUAAUGAAGACCCUGCAGAGAGACUGCCGGGUUCUGGAGAGCUUCAAAAUCAUGGACUACAGUCUCCUGCUAGGCAUUCAUGUUCUGGAUAAGAGGCCACUGACCAGAGCAGGCAGGGGUGACAGCAAGAAAGGUCAGAAGGUCCUGUACUCCACGGCGCUGGAGUCCAUCCAGGGCACCGUGAAGGACCCGGAACCGGUGGUCGACGACGACACAUUUGGGGGAAUUCCUGCCAAACACAAAGAUGAGAAUCUGCUUAUCUUUUUAGGAAUCAUCGACAUCCUUCAGUCCUACAGGUUUAUCAAGAAGGUGGAGCAUUCCUGGAAGGCUCUUGUGCACGAUGGAGACACCGUUUCCGUCCACAGACCCAGCUUUUACGCUGAUAGGUUCUUGAAAUUCAUGGGCACCACUGUUUUCAAAAAGGCUCACGCUUUGAGAGGAGCGUCCUCCAGGAGGAAGAAGAGCUCACUCUACGCAUCAAAGUACGCCUCCCAGGAGUUUCUGUCCUCGCUGAAGGAGAAGGAGGAGAAUAAGAAGGCGCAGAGCAUGGACAACCUGAACGAAAGCUUUGGCAGUUCCUCCAAACAACCAGACCUUCUUCCUGUUAUGCAAGAUUUCACCAGAAAUGAAGAUCAGCAGUCUGAAAACAGUGAGGACAGACGAGACUCCAACUCCACCAUCGCUCUGGAUGACGUUCUGUCCUCCCAUCAGUCAGACUCGGAGCUGGACGUCUACCUGACUCACCCAGACUCACCCAUACCCCCCGGCUGGACUUGAUCACUCUUUGUGUCCCAGCAUCCACAAAUUGAGGAUCCCUCUGAACAUGUGAACCUCCCACCUCCAACACAGAGAAGGCAUUAAGACGUUAAAAACUACAAGCAGCCUCUGGUCUCCCGGAUUCAGUGUGCAUCUCUUUCGACUUCGUGUCCGAGUCCUUUUCGUUGUGCCAAAUCACUGGAGACCCAAGGAAUGAACGAAGAAACCAUACCAUGAAGUUCUGGUGGUUUUAUUUAUUGUCUCUAUUCCGAUUCAUGAAACACUGCUGAAUGAAAACACUAUGAAGCUUGCCUCUGCUUUAUGUUUGCUGCUAGCAAACAUUCUCUUAAAUAUAAUGCAUGUGAUCUGUUCUGUUCCUUUUUAUCUUCUUCUUCCUUUUUUUUCAUUGAAUUAGAAAUUUCUCAGUGGCUGGAUCCCUGGAAAUACAUGUUCUUGUUAAACAUGAAAAAUACAAUUAGAAUUUCUGGGACCAUUUUAGUAAAACCAAGAUAUUUUUCUUUGUUUGCAAACAAAAUUUAUACUUGGCUGUUAAAUAUCAAUAGAAUGAGUAAUUUGAUAGUGUAAUAUAUUUAAACUAUGCCAUCUAUUUUCUGUAAACAUUAUUAAAUGAAAAAAUGACUUAUUUUGUGAAAAAUUACUCAAACAUCUACUCUUGACUAAACUUCUGUUGUUAGCAACUUAAACGUGUUGGCAUUUCAAACUAAGAUCAACAUACUUAACAUGUUUAACAUUAUCAUACAUGUGUUGUUGCUACAAUAUAUUUCUGUUAAACUCUUGUGUUUUUGAGCCUUUCAGUGCUAGAUGCUAGCAUGGGAACAAAGUUAAAAAAUGGUUAGCAUGCUAGCAGAGUCCUGAUGUGACUAAUCAAAAAUGUGUGGUCCUGCUGACAUUAUGUGUGAUAGUCUUUGUUUAUUAUUCUGUUAUUUAAAAAUUCAUUUAACAUUUUCUGUGAGCUGAUUUUAGCUUCUGUCUGAAUUAAUUUCUUCACAAUGUUCCUGUGUGCCACUUUGCCAGGAGGAUGGUGGCUUUUCACAAACUGUCCUCUAUGCAAGUUUAAAAACAGAAUUAUGUGUGAUAACACUGCCUUCUUUUGUUUGCCUGUAGUUCUAAAGUGGCUUAUCAAAUAAAAUGAUGAAAUUAU